AUGUCACAAUCAUUGAAACCGUACUUGACUGCCGUGAGACACUCGUUGACCGCGGCGGUGUCACUUGAAGAUUUUGCGUCGCAAGUUGCUGAACGACACAAUGAUCCAGAGAUUGAAAGCCAAAGAACUCCGGAAGUUCUCUUGAACCCUAUGGUGAUAUCGCGUAACGAGAACGAGAAAGUGUUGAUUGAGUCGUCGAUCAACUCGGUGAGAGUAUCGAUAAAGAUCAAGCAAAGCGAUGAGAUCGAGCAUAUUUUGGUGCACAAGUUCACGAGAUUUUUGACAGGCAGGGCCGAGCAGUUUUUCAUUUUGAGAAGGGCGCCGAUUGCUGGGUACGAUUUGAGUUUCUUGAUCACUAAUCUCCACACCGAUCAGUUGAUGAAGGCGAAAUUGGUGGAUUUUAUCAUUGAGUUCAUGGAGGAUGUCGAUAAAGAAAUCAGUGAGAUGAAGUUGUUUUUGAAUGCCAGAGCGAGAUUUGUUGCCGAAGCGUAUUUGACACCAUUUGAUUGA